AUGUCCCUAUCGUCGAGCACCUCAGCGCAGUUUGCCCCUAUUCGUAGGUCGCCACUGCCGUCGACACAUUCGCUAGCUACGCUAGCCAAUGACAACAAUAAUCAUCACAAUAAUAAUUCGCUUGUGAAUUCGGCUUUAGAGCCCGUACUCGAGACUACACCGCUUACUAACGGCGGUCCAAAACUAAAAAAGGCCACUGUACCGGUACCAGAUCCGCGACGUCCUGUAUUUCGCGAGCAACCAGUGCCUCGAUUCGCCGGCACACCAUUUCUCGUGAGUUAG